AUGGAGCCAACCACUGCGGACUAUGUUGAUAAUUAUGAAUACUACGAUGACAAUGAGACCAUUUGUGACUUUUCUGAGUGGGAGCCCUCCUACUCUCUCAUCCCUGUGCUCUACAUGCUGAUCUUCAUCUUGGGCCUCUCGGGGAACGGAGUUGUCAUGUUCACUGUCUGGAGGUCCAAAUCCAAGCGUCGCGCUGCAGACAUCUACAUUGGCAACCUGGCUCUGGCUGACCUCACCUUUGUUGUGACCCUACCUCUCUGGGCAGUCUACACAGCGCUGGGCUACCACUGGCCAUUUGGAGUGGCUCUUUGCAAAAUCAGCAGCUAUGUUGUUCUAGUCAACAUGUACGCCAGCGUUUUCUGUCUCACCUGCCUCAGUUUUGACCGGUACCUUGCCAUAGUGCAUUCCUUAUCCAGUAGCAGGCUGCGUUCGAGGGGCACUAUGCUGGCAUCUCUUGGAGCGAUUUGGCUGCUGUCUGGCCUGUUGGCUCUGCCCACGUUACUGUUCCGCACCACUGUGACUGACCUGAACAGUAACAAAACCACCUGUGCCAUGGACUUCAGUUUGGUCACCAUGAACCAGAGACAUGAGUCUUUUUGGAUUGCUGGACUCUCUCUCUCAUCCUCUGCACUGGGUUUUCUCCUGCCUUUCCUCGCCAUGACAAUUUUCUACUGUUUCAUCGGCUGUACGGUGACCCGCCACUUCAAUAACCUGCGCAAAGAGGACCAGAAGAAGAAGAGGCUGCUCAAGAUCAUCACCACUUUAGUUGUGGUCUUUGCCAUCUGCUGGACACCGUUCCAUGUGCUUAAAAGCAUGGAUGCUCUGUCCUACCUCAACCUGGCCCCCAGCUCCUGUGGUUUCCUACGCUUCUUGCUGCUGGCUCAUCCAUACGCUACCUGCCUGGCCUAUGUCAACAGUUGCCUGAACCCCUUCCUGUAUGCUUUUUUCGACUUGCGUUUCCGCUCCCAGUGCCUGUGCCUGCUCAACCUGAAGAAGGCAAUGCAUGGCCACAUGAGCUCCAUGUCAUCUACACUCAGUGCCCAGACUCAGAAAUCAGAGAUCCAGUCUUUGGCCACAAAGGUCUAA